CGGCGGCUGUUAGCUUUAAGAUCUGUUGCUAGUGUAGUGAAUUUUUUUUUUUAAAGCGGGGAAAACUACAGUCUGGCCAAUACAAGUUGUAUACGAUGUUGGGUGCAGGAACGAUGACAUUUCAGUGCAGGUAAGAACAACACUUUCGGCCGAUCGAAAUAAAUUGUGUUGGCAGGGAUAAUCAAUACGGGUGGUGAAUGCAUCGCGUCCUGUUUUUGUACGAGGAUAGCGAACUCCUUUGAGUAGACGGUGCUGCUGUUCUUACCCAAAACAAACGAACCACUACUCUCCGGCGAGAAGACGGUGGCGGAGUUCUUCCACCACCAACCACCACCGCGCGAUGUCGUCCUGGAAUCGAGCUCAACAACAGAAUGGAAUUUAGAGCGGAAUGAUUGCAUCUCUAAUGAGCAGCGAACUGGUUAACAGUUCAGAACGGCCGAUUCAGCUGCCAGCACUUGACGAAGUCGUAGAGAGCCAGGAGCUUGAUGACUCUCCAAGCGAAGAGACCCAGAUCGAUCUUGUGCGUGAUGUUUCCGAAGAAGACAACUCUGUUUCAACUAGAUCUGUAGGAGGGUGGAUCAGAAGACCGAGGCAUGGGGUCAUGCCAGAUGAAAGGAAGACUAAACCAGAUAGAGUUGCACCUCUGGAGCAGGCUUUGAGAGGGUUUGCUACCAGGAAAACAGAUGCAGUGGUUUCACCUUCGGUUGGUCUGGUUUUCGAUUCUUUGGGUGAAGCUUAUGAUUUCUACAACCUAUAUUCUUGGGAGCUAGGAUUUGGCAUCAGAUGCGGCAAAAGCAGAACCAACGUUAGGGGCACAAAAUGCAUGCAAGAACUUCUCUGUGGUUGUUCUGGGAAACCAAAGAAAACUAAUACCACUUCCUGCCGUUCUGAAUGCCCCGCCAUGUUACGCCUUCUAAGAACAGAAGAUCAAGGAUGGUUUAUCUGUGAGUAUAGGAAUGUGCACAAUCACGCUAUGCUAGCAAAUUGUGCAGCGAAGUUGCAUUUCCCGUCACAUCGUCAUAUUGAAAAAUACACUAGAGAGCUUGUGUCUCAGCUUCGUGAGAAUAACAUAAAUCUAAGCAAAGUUUACAGUAUAAUUGGCACGUUUUUUGGUAGAAUAGAGAAUGUACCUUUCACUAAAAGGUGCCUUAGGAUGCUAUGUGGAAAAAUAAGCAAGGAACAGGCGGAUGACGAUGUUAGGAAAACUAUGGAUUUGUUUUCAGAUUUGAAAGAAAGAGACAGUGAGUUCCAGUAUACAGUUCAAGUAGACACCGAGAGUAGGAUAAGAAAAAUUUUGUGGACUAAUGGACGUAGCAAGCUCCAGUACCAUCAUUUUGGCGAUGUGGUUACAUUCGAUACAACAUAUAAGACCAACCUGUACGAUAUGCCUUUCGGAUUGUUUGUUGGAGUAAACAAUCACUUCCAGAGUGUGCUUUAUGCCGGCGUCUUGAUGCGUGAUGAGAAAGUAGAGAGUUUUGAAUGGGUUUUUAGCGAAUUUGUAAAGAUGAUGGGAGGGAAGAAACCAGUUACAAUUUUAAUAGAUCAAGCUAGGGCUAUGGAGGUUGCGAUUAUGAAUGUAUUCCCUGGGACGACUCACCAAUGGUGCAAGUGGCAUGUGUUAAAAAAGCUAAGGAGUCACUAGGGAGCAAUUAUACAAACAAGUCAGACUUCAGGACAGAGUUUCACCGUCUUUGUGACGAAAUGCUGACUAUAGAAGAAUUUGAAAACGGGUGGUCCAAUUUAACUGUGAAGUACGGGUUGGCGAGUAACACAUUCCUAGCUCAAGUUUACGAGGUUAGGGAGAAAUGGGCCAAACCAUAUUUCAGUGGUAAAUUCUGUGCAAAAAUGACAAGAACACAACGGAGUGAGAGUGCGAACCACAUGCUUAAAAAUUAUGUGCCACCAGCAUGUCCAAUGAACGUUUUCGUUAAGCAGUAUGGCAAGCUACAAUAUGACAGAGAGCAGGAGGAAGGAUUUCAAGACAAAAGGACAAGGCUGGGGGGGCUGUUAUAAAAUCUAAUCUCCCAAUUGAGCGUCACGCAAGCAAGAUAUAUACCAGAACAAUGUUUGAGAUGUUUGGAAGGGUUCUUUAUGUAGCUAGUUACUAUGAUGUUGAAGAGAUAGAACCAAGAAGGAAAUAUGCAGCCAUACACGGUAACCCUGAGCAGAGAGAUCCCUGGUUCAAGACUAGGUAUGAGGUUGUUAUAUCUGAAGAUCAAACAAAGUACACUUGUGAGUGUGGAAGAUAUGAACACAUGGGAAUGAUUUGCUGUCAUAUACUUAAGGUAAUGAUCAUACUAGACGUUAAGAAAAUCCCGAAAGCACACAUAAUGAAGAGAUGGACAGUAGAUGCUCGUGAUGUUUUGCCUGAUCAUAUAAAGCAUUACCAGAGAGACAUGGGUCCACCAGAUGCAAUGACAUUCAGGCAUUCUGCGAUGUACAUAACUGCAUUGGAGAUUGUUCAUCUUGGGGACAAUAAUCCAAAGGCUUUCGAGUCUG